AUGGAGUCGACAAGCAGUGCGUCUCAUUUACUUGCCGCGGAUACAUUGGCGCGAGAGACCUCGGAGCACGAGAUGGAGGAUUUACCGGAGCAAUGGGAACGUCGCCAAAGAGAACGAGAGCGAGCGCGGGAACGUUCCAGGCGCCGCUCGGAUGAAGACCAUGACCGCAGAGAGCGUCGACAACGGAAAAGAGCCGCUUUGGGGGCAGGAGCCGGUGCACUGGGCGCUGAAUUCCUCGAAGGAAGGUCACGACAUCAGUCUGGAGCUAGAGUCGUAUCUGGGUCCUAUUUGGAAGCAGGCCACAGCCCGGAUAUGAAUGUUCGUCGUCGUGGCGGUGGUGGUCCUGCGAUGGAACAGGCAUGGAAAUAUGAAAAUGGUUGGGAAGGGAGCUAUGAAAGUACUGAGCGACGGCCAUUUUGGAAGUUCUGGGAUUCAUGGUCCAGGAAAAAACGCAUCUGGAUUGGAACGAUGGCUGGAAUAUUGCUGUUGCUUGCCAUUGUCAUCCCAAUCGCAGUCAUUGAAUCACAGAAGAAAGCGACAGGCUCAUCCUCUUCCUCUUCCUCGAGCUCAUCAAGCUCCUCGAGCAACUUGACUGCCAACCUAGACACUAUCAGUCGAGAUAGCAUUCCGUCAUAUGCACAAGGAACCGUUCUUGAUCCCUUUACUUGGUAUGAGACCGAAGGGUUUAAUCUUACCUUUACAAAUGAGACCAUUGGUGGCCUCUACAUCAUGGGUCUCAACUCAUCGUGGGAUGAUUCUGCCAGACCAAAUGACAACGUGCCGCCGUUAAAUGAAGCCUUUCCCUAUGGUUCACAGCCUAUCCGAGGAGUCAACAUUGGCGGCUGGCUGUCGAUUGAACCAUGGAUUGUGCCAUCAUUGUUUGAUACCUACUCGUCCGAUGAGGGUAUCAUUGAUGAGUGGACAUUGAGUGAGCAAUUGGGCUCCAGCGCCGCAACAACCAUCGAGAAACACUAUGCCACCUUCUACACGGAGCAGGACUUUGCCGAAAUUAAAGAAGCAGGGUUGGACCAUGUGCGUAUCCAAUACUCCUACUGGGCAGUCAAGGUUUAUGACGAUGAUCCCUACGUGGCCAAAAUUUCCUGGCGAUACCUGCUGCGUGCAAUCGAAUAUUGCCGCAAAUAUGGACUCCGAAUCAAACUCGAUCUCCAUGGCGUUCCUGGUAGCCAAAACGGAUGGCAACAUAGUGGCCAUCAAGGGAAGAUACGCUGGUUGAAUGGAACAGAUGGGGAGUUGAACGCUAAUCGAAGUCUGGAGAUUCAUGAUCAACUGUCGACCUUCUUUGCCCAAGACCGAUACAAAAACAUUGUGACCAUGUAUGGUAUUGUCAAUGAGCCGCUCAUGCUUUCUCUAUCUGUGGAAAAGGUGCUGGAAUGGAACAACCAGACAGCUAAACUGGUCCGACAGAACGGUGUGAAUGCCACCAUCGUCUUCCAUGACGGGUUCCUAAAUCUGGAUAAAUGGGAUGCGAUGUUCAAGGACCACCCGGACAACAUGUACCUGGACACGCACCAAUAUACCACCUUCAACACCGGCGAGAUUGUGCUAAACCACACAGCCAAAAUUGAGCUUAUCUGCAGCAGCUGGUAUACAAUGAUCGAAGCCAUUAAUAGCACCAGCUCCGGAUGGGGCCCCACCAUAUGUGGCGAGUGGUCACAAGCUGAUACUGAUUGCGCGGAGUAUUUGAACAACGUCGGUCGUGGUACCAGGUGGGAAGGAACAUAUGACACGAGUUCUUCGACGCAAUAUUGUCCCACUGCCAGCGAGGGUACAUGUAGCUGUGCCGAUGCCAACGCCGACGUCUCCGAAUACUCGGACGCAUACAAGAAAUGGCUCCUAUACUACGCCGAAGCCCAAAUGUCUGUCUUUGAGACUGCCAUGGGUUGGUUCUACUGGACCUGGCGCACCGAAACCGCAGCACAGUGGAGCUACCGUACGGCGUGGAAAGGGGGAUUCCUGCCGGACAAAGCGUAUUCACCUUCUUUCAAGUGCGGGGAUGAUGUACCUGACUUCUCCAGUCUGGGACUGGACGAGUACUACUAA